AUGUCGUGCCGUUCCUUCCAGCAGGGCUCCAGGUGUGGCAGCCGGAGCUUCAGCUCGUGCUCAGCUGUCCUUCCCCGGAUGGUCACCCACUACGCAGUGAGCCAGGGGCCGUGCCGGCCCGGGGGUGGGGGGGGCCUCCGUGCCCUGGGCUGCCUGGGCUCCCGGAGUCUGUGCAACGUGGGCUUCGGGAGGCCCCGGGUCGCCUCCAGGUGUGGCCUGCCUGGCUUCGGCUACCGCACAGGGGCCGCCUGUGGGCCCUCAGCCUGCAUCGCCCCCGUCACCAUCAACGAGAGCCUGCUGGUCCCGCUCGAGCUGGAGAUCGACCCGGCCGUGCAGAGGGUGAAGAGGGAUGAGAAGGAGCAGAUCAAGUGCCUGAAUAGCCGCUUUGCAUCCUUCAUCAACAAGGUGCGAUUCCUGGAGCAGAAGAACAAGCUGCUGGAGACCAAGUGGAACUUCAUGCAGCAACAGAGGUGCUGCCAGAGCAACAUAGAGCCCAUCUUCGAGAACUACAUCAGUGCCCUGCGGAGGCAGCUGGACUUUGUGGCGGGGGACCGGGCCAGGCUAGAGUCAGAGCUCGGCAGCCUGCAGGACGCGCUGGAAAGCUACAAGAAAAAGUACGAAGAGGAGCUCUCCUUGCGGCCUUGUGCUGAGAACGAGUUUGUCGCCUUGAAGAAGGACGUGGACACAGCCUUCCUGAUAAAGGCUGAUCUGGAGACCAACGUGGAGGCUCUGCUCCAGGAGAUCGACUUCCUGAAAGGCCUGUAUGAGGAGGAGAUCUACCUGCUGCAGUCUCAGAUCUCAGAGACCUCCGUCACCGUGAAGAUGGACAACAGCCGGGAGCUGGAUGUGGAUGGCAUCGUGGCCGAGAUCAAGGCCCAGUAUGACGACAUCGCCAGCCGCAGCAAAGCCGAAGCUGAGGCCUGGUACCAGAGCCGGUAUGAGGAGCUGCGGCUGACAGCGGGGACCCACUGUGACAAUCUCCGCAACCGUAAGAACGAGAUCCUGGAAAUGAACAAGCUGAUCCAGCGGCUUCAGCAAGAAACUGAGACCGUGAAAGCCCAGCGCUGCAAGCUGGAGGCCGCGGUGACCCAGGCAGAGCAGCAGGGCGAGGCGGCCCUCAGUGACGCCAAGUGCAAGCUGGCAGGGCUGGAGGAGGCCUUGCAGAAGGCCAAGCAGGAUAUGGCCUGCCUGCUCAAGGAGUACCAGGAGGUGAUGAACUCCAAGCUGGGCCUGGACAUCGAGAUCGCCACCUACAGGCGGCUGCUGGAGGGCGAGGAACACAGGCUGUGUGAAGGCAUUGGGCCGGUGAAUAUCUCCGUGAGCAGCUCCAAAGGCGCGGUCCUCUACGAGCCGUGUGUGGUCAACACACCCGUGCUGAGGACCGAAUACUGCCCGGGGGGCACCAGUGUCCUCAAGAGCAGCGGGGGCUGCAGCGUCGUGGGCACUGGUGAACUCUACAUCCCCUGCGAGUCCCAGGGGCUACUGGGCUGUGUGAGCGGGAGGAGUUCUGGCAUGAAGCUGGGGGCUGGGUGCGGCUCCUCCCGCCACAAGUGUUAG